CAGCAGAAAUGAUGGAAGAGUUGCAUAGCCUGGACCCCCGACGCCAGGAACUGCUGGAAGCCAGGUUCACUGGAGUAGGUGUUGCCAAAGGUCCAUUAAAUAGCGAGUCUUCCAAUCAGAGCUUGUGCAGUGUCGGCUCUCUGAGCGAUAAAGAAUUGGAGACUCCUGAGAAGAAACAGAAUGACCAGCGGAACCGGAAGAGGAAAGCAGAAGCAUAUGAGACCAGUCAAGGAAAAGGCACUCCUAGGGGACAUAAAAUUAGUGAUUAUUUUGAGUUUGCUGGGGGAAGUGGUCCAGGAACCAGUCCUGGCAGAAGUGUGCCACCUGUCGCCCGAUCCUCACCACAGCAUUCCUUAUCCAAUCCCUUACCACGGCGAGUGGAGCAGCCGCUCUAUGGGGUAGAUGGCAGUUCUGCAAAGGAGCCGCAGGAAGAACACUCUCCUCUGCCAACGCUGAUGUCUAUGAUGCUGGCAAAACAGCGGCUUGAGAGUGAGCAGCUGGCACAGAGGGGAGCUGGCCUCUGUUUUGCUUUUGUUUCGGCCCAGCAAGGCAGCCCUUCUUCUUCANUUUCUUCUGAGUUUGAUUUGUGAUGUUUGUCUCUUCAGUCUGACCUCACAAUGGAAAAGAUAUCUGCACUAGAAAACAAUAAAAACUCUGACCUGGAGAAGAAGGAGGGGAGGAUAGACGACUUAUUAAGAGCCAACUGUGAUUUGAGAAGGCAGAUUGAUGAACAGCAAAAGAUGCUGGAGAAAUACAAGGAACGGUUGAAUAGAUGUGUGACAAUGAGCAAAAAGCUUCUUAUUGAGAAGUCGAAACAGGAGAAGAUGGCAUGCAGAGAUAAGAGCAUGCAGGAUCGACUGAGACUGGGUCACUUCACUACAGUCCGGCAUGGGGCCUCUUUCACUGAGCAGUGGACGGAUGGCUACGCUUUCCAGAACCUCAUCAAGCAACAGGAGAGGAUAAAUUCCCAGCGGGAAGAGAUAGAAAGACAACGAAAGAUGUUAGCAAAACGGAAGCCACCUGCCAUGGGACAGACCCCUCCAGCAAGCAACGAGCAAAAACAGCGCAAGAAUAAGACCAAUGGAGCAGAAAACGAAACGUUAACGUUAGCUGAAUAUCAUGAACAGGAAGAAAUCUUCAAACUCCGACUAGGUCAUCUUAAAAAGGAAGAAGCAGAGAUCCAGGCGGAGUUGGAACGACUAGAGAGGGUUAGAAAUUUACAUAUCAGGGAAUUGAAAAGGAUACACAACGAAGAUAAUUCACAAUUUAAAGACCAUCCAACGCUAAAUGACCGAUAUCUCUUGCUACAUCUUUUGGGUAGAGGAGGCUUCAGUGAAGUGUAUAAGGCAUUUGAUUUAACAGAACAGAGAUACGUAGCUGUGAAAAUUCACCAGUUAAAUAAAAACUGGAGAGACGAGAAGAAGGAGAAUUAUCACAAACAUGCAUGUAGAGAGUACAGAAUUCACAAAGAACUGGAUCAUCCUCGAAUAGUUAAACUUUAUGACUACUUCUCGCUGGAUACUGACUCGUUUUGUACAGUGUUAGAAUAUUGUGAGGGAAACGAUCUGGACUUCUACCUGAAACAGCACAAAUUAAUGUCCGAAAAAGAGGCUCGAUCCAUUAUCAUGCAGAUUGUGAAUGCUUUAAAAUACUUAAACGAAAUCAAACCGCCCAUCAUACACUAUGAUCUUAAACCAGGUAACAUUCUUCUAGUCAAUGGUACAGCAUGUGGAGAGAUAAAGAUCACAGAUUUUGGACUUUCCAAGAUCAUGGAUGACGACAGCUACAAUUCCGUUGAUGGUAUGGAGCUGACAUCACAGGGCGCUGGUACUUAUUGGUAUUUGCCACCCGAGUGUUUUGUGGUUGGAAAAGAACCUCCAAAGAUUUCAAAUAAAGUUGACGUCUGGUCAGUGGGUGUCAUCUUCUACCAAUGUCUUUAUGGCAGAAAGCCAUUUGGCCACAACCAGUCACAACAAGACAUUCUGCAGGAGAACACAAUCCUCAAAGCUACUGAGGUGCAGUUCCCUCCAAAGCCAGUCGUCACACCAGAAGCAAAGGCAUUUAUCAGACGGUGCCUCGCCUACCGGAAGGAGGACCGGAUAGAUGUCCAGCAGCUGGCCUGUGACCCUUACUUGCUGCCUCACAUCCGCAAAUCUGUAUCCACAAGCAGCCCAGCUGGGGCUGCCAUUGCAUCAACCUCUGGAUCAUCCAAUAACAGCUCUUCAAACUGAGAGACAGAAUAAUAGGCCAAAAACUGCUGGAGAAACCGACACAGACUUUAAGAAAUAGCUUUGGAAAAGAGGAAUCCGCAAGGGUCUCAAGAAACCUGUACGAGGUGCUUUUUUUCUCUUGCUUUUUUCCAUCCAUAGAGCAUGACAACAUCAAUUCUCAUCAAGAAAACCUUUGGCGUCUUAGGCUAAGCCACGCGGAUAGGAGAAGCUUGAGGUUUAUUCAGUAAAUGACCACAGAGGAUGGCUGCUCUGAGCGAGGGAGGAAAAAAAAUAUGGUUCCAUGUACUGUGAACUUCUGAACACGCAGACUUGGGGAAUCCGUGAUGUAAUGUGUGCUUCAGAGGAAGAAUGUGGACUUUGGAAAAAAGACUGGGCUCGUCCAGUGUUGAUAUUUAAACAUUGUUCUUUUCUUUUCAAAAAGUUUAGGUAACAUCUCCUGAAAAAGCUAGAAGCACCAAGGUUCAGCUGGGGAUGGUAUGACUCUUUGCCCUUUGGAGGGGAAACAAGUUGAUCCUGCCUGUUCAUGGCACUAGAGUUAGAGUUUUACCCCAAUUAAUUUCAGUUUUUUAAAGAAAAAGUAACAAUUUUUUUGGAAGAAAACCGUUUUCUGAUCAUAAAGUGAAACCCGUAUUAGCAGGCACGUGGCAAUGUGAAAUCCACUGAUGGUGCAGCUUUCCACUUCCUUGACCCGGCCUCUUUCUUAUGAUUCUCCUUCCGGGGCAGGGGGGAGAUACACAAGGGGCAGAAGAGACCUCUGUCCAUCUCUUGCCAUCAGGUAGGCAUGCGGUUUGGAGCCGUAUUGGGUUUUCCAGACGCUGCUUCACUGCUCGCACACUUGACGGUUGCCCCUUUUUAAUUUAUUGGAGGUGCUGGGAUUUUAAAAUAAAGAUUGGUCUGUCCUCAUGGUGCUCUCCAACCCUGUGAGUACAGUAUCUAGUGAAUAGUCAGGACAGGCAGCAAAUGGGAGGGGAGUUCAGUCUCUUACAGGUGAUUCUCCUGGGCUCACACAGUAUUGUACGUUUUGUUGUUAAACUUAUUAAAACCUGAAGUUGAA